AGCAAGCGGCAGACAGCUGCCAGGAGCCCGCUCGCUGGCGCCUCGCUCUCAGAAGCUCCCAAUCCAGACGCACGCAAGGCGCUGUCCUUUCAGCACCACAAGCUCCGGCUGAGGAGGCAGGACUCCUGGCCGUCCUCCUCCUCUUCAAACUGGUUUGAAUCUGCUCUGACCCCCAAGAGUGCUGCACAGUCUGGGAAGAAAGACGUCAGAAUGGUGAAGCUGAACAGUAACCCCAGUGAGAAGGGAGCCAAACCACCGUCGGUUGAGGACGGCUUCCAGACCGUCCCUCUCAUCACGCCCCUGGAGGUUAAUCACUUACAGCUGCCUGCUCCGGAAAAGGUGAUUGUGAAGACAAGAACAGAAUAUCAGCCUGAACAGAAGAACAAAGGGAAGUUCCGGGUGCCGAAAAUCGCCGAAUUUACGGUCACCAUCCUCGUCAGCCUGGCCCUAGCUUUCCUCGCCUGCAUCGUGUUCCUGGUGGUUUACAAAGCCUUCACUUACGACCACAGCUGCCCAGAGGGAUUUGUCUACAAGCACAAGCGCUGUAUCCCGGCCUCCCUGGAUGCUUACUACUCAUCCCAGGACCCCAGCUCCAGAAGCCGCUUCUACACGGUCAUCAGCCACUACAGCGUGGCCAAGCAGAGCACCGCCCGGGCCAUCGGGCCGUGGCUGUCGGCGGCUGCCGUCAUCCACGAGCCCAAGCCGCCCAAGACCCAGGGCCACUAGAGGCCGCCCCCUCCAGCCAGCAUGGGGAGUGGGGAGGAGAACCCCGCUGGCUAAGCUGAGCUCCAGUUACAAGACAACACUGUACUCCUGGGAUAAGGGGGCGGGGGUGGGGCUGGGGUGGGUGGGGGGAGCUCACCGCAAAUCUCGUGCGCUGGAGUUGUCUGAAUCAGUAUUUCUUUUUGUCCUUUGGUAUCGUUGAUUCGUCCCUGAGUCAGGCCCAUGUACAAAGGCAUGUUUCGUGUUGACUGUUCCCAUUCAAGAUAUUUUCAAAGCCACUGCUUAUUAUUUGUUAGGAAAAUUUAAAAACAGGAAAGGAGAGAAAGAAAACGAACAUGGAAGUCGUAGACUGGCUGCAUCUGGCGUGUGUUGAAGGAUGGUGAAGAGCACAGACAUUCCGGGCUGCUCAGACUGGGGGAGAUGGUUGCUUCAGGGUAGGCUUUGGAAGGUGCAGAAUGUGAGUGAGGCAGGCAGUCUGCUCGCUUGGCCUCUGGUCUGCAGAGGAGGAACACUGAAAGUUAGGAACUGUCAAGUUAGAAAGAAGACUGAGUUUGGCAUUUGUAAGGCCGGGACGUGCACAACCCAAAGAGAGAAGCCUCAACCGUGUGUGUUUUGCAGAGUGAGGAUAAACUUGUCUGUAUGGGCAUCAGAGCGGGGCUUGGGCUGCAUGGUUUGGAGAUGCAGAGGAUAGAAGCGAACACUCAACAGCAGGCAGGAUUUCUUUGCCUUUCUCUUGCGUUUCUAGCCCUACACCUGGGUGCUGCCCACGUCUAGGAGAUGGCAGGGGUAGAAAGAGGAGGAAGGAGGGACUGCAGGAUGAAGAAGGCAGAGGAUGGACAGGCAGGUGGCACUUGACCGAGCUGUAAGCACAGCACCCAAGUUUAACAUUUUUGUUGGUUUGUUGUUUCCCAAAGUGGUAAUGACCAGGAAGAACAGGAAGGGUCGUGACCAGGUGACAGCCAGGGAGGCUUUCGACUGGGUCUCAGCAAUGCUAAGUCAUUUUGUCUAAGGCAAACUGAGAACCAUGGCCGUCUUGUGCACACUUCACUGUGUUGACAGGGGCAUAGUCCAAACUUUCCCAUCUGCUUCUAGAAGCUUCUGAUCAGGAGGCGACAGCUGGCAUUUCCCAGGCUACCCAUUGCCUUGCACCCACAUCAGGCACUCCCACACAGCUCUCCCACUAAUGUUUUGGGGAGACCCCUCUGUGUGGUGUUGGCUCUGGGCCCAGCAGAGCCAGAACUGGCUGGGAGAGUUGGCUAUUUGAGAUGUGAUUCUGUUUUCCCAUGAAGCUUGAACAGGCUGUUUAAAGGGCAUUUUUUUUAGUGGCUUGCUAUGAUGCUGAAAUCAUCCUACACAACAGCUGGGUGACAAGACUAGCAUAGCUCAAACUAUUCUGCUAAAAGCUAUCAUUUGACUUUUCCUCUCCCCGCCCCCACCCUCCAGUCACCUCGAGUCACCUGUAAAUUCAUUUGUCAUCUAAAGUGGAAUAACAAAUUGUCCCUAGCGAAACUGCUGAGCGCUUUAUAAUUUUGUGGUGUAUUUUUGUCAGUAGGUAGCAGAGGCUGAAGUAUUUUUUGGUGUAAUUCUUGAACUUUUCUGACAGGAAACAAAUAAAGAUAGAUGUGUCUGAGA